UGUCAUGUCAUUCUGGGUGGAGCUGAACACAAAAGAUCAAGUAUUAAAUUUUAAUGGUUAAAGAAAAAUGUUAUUGUUCAAGAUGUCUCUUCAGCGGUUGACAUGUGGGAUCACUGUGAUUAUCAUCCUUUUCUGCAAAGGAAUUAAAUCAGAACCUGCCUGUGCCAGGUCUUCAAUCAACAGCAGGAUCUUAGGAGGGCAAGAGGCCUCUCCGGGAAGUUGGCCCUGGCAUGUCGCUAUUACCACUAAAGGCAGGAUCUUUUGUCAAGGCUCCCUGAUUACAGACGAGUGGGUGCUGACAGCUGCUAGAUGCUUUAAGUAUUCUUACCUCAGUGGUGCAAUAUUGCACUUAGGUGCCAAAAACCAUUCAAGAUUUGGGGAAGUAACUCGGAGAGUUUACUCCAUUGUUUGCCAUCAAGACUACGAUGCUUUUUAUUUAAAUCGUGCUGAGAACGACAUCUGUCUUCUAAAGAUGUCAGCUCCUGUCAACUUCACGGACUACAUCCAUCCAGUCUGCUUGGCCUCAGAAAAUAGCACUUUCUAUGAUGGAACUGCCAGCUGGGUCACUAGUUUUGGUGAAGGCUGUCUGUUGGUACGGCCUGGUGUGCUCCCAGAUACUGACGUAGACAAAAGUUGCACUGUGCUCAUUCAAAAUGAGUCCAAAAAGACAACUUCCAUCCCAGUUGGGACUGUUGUGGUGGAGAUGUUUGCUGUGGACACGGUUACCCCCUUGGGUUUUAUCAAUUUGAACGCAUGCCACAAGGAAUAA